AUGGCGGCGGCGGGCGGAGGCAGCAGCGUGAACCCGUUUCUCAGCGACUCCGAGGAGGAGGAGCCGGAGGAGCCGAGAGCCGGCGGCAGCAACGACCCCGGCCUGGGAGGCCCGCUCUCCCCGCAGCAGCACGAGGAGGAGGAGCCGGCGGUGGGGGGUCCCGGGGCGCUGCCGGGUCUGCGGGCGGCGGCCCCCGGGGAGGCCGGCUGGGCCGGGCCCGGCGCAGGAGAGCCCCCCCGGGUGCCUGUGGACGCGCUGGCGGCGCAACUGCUACGGGACCAGUUCCUGCUGACGGCGCUGGAGCUGCACACGGAGCUGCUGGAGAGUGGCCGCGAGCUGCCCCGCCUGCGCGACUAUUUCUCCAACCCGGGCAACUUCGAGCGGCAGAGCGGCACCCCGCCCGCGGGGGGAGCCCCGGGCCUCUGGGGAACUGCCGGAGCGGCGCUGGGGGGAGCGGCAGCAAGCGGCAAGGAGCCCGGCCCCGGGCAGCUCAAUCGAGCUGGAAGCAUUAGUACCCUUGAUUCCUUAGACUUUGCAAGAUACUCUGAUGAUGGAAACAGGGAGACAGACGAACGCGUAGCAGUCCUGGAGUUUGAACUACGGAAAGCCAAGGAGACCAUUCAGGCCCUCCGAGCCAACCUGACUCAGGCUGCAGAAAAUGAAGUUCCUUUGCAGGAACGAAAAAAUUAUAAAUCAAGUCCUGAAAUUCAGGAACCAAUCAAACCUCUUGAGAAAAGAGCUCUAAACUUCCUAGUCAAUGAAUUUUUAUUAAAGAAUAGUUACAAGCUUACUUCAAUAACCUUUUCAGAUGAAAGUGAUGAUCAGGAUUUUGAACUGUGGGAUGAUGUAGGAUUGAACAUUCCAAAGCCUCCAGACUUGUUACAACUCUAUCGUGACUUCGGAAACCAUCAAGUAACUGCAAGAGAUGUUGUGGAUGUAGCAGUUGGUGUUGAAGAGGAUGAGUUAGAGGUUACCACUCCUACACUAGGGAGCGUUCCUGUAUUUGGAGCAUCACAGUCAAUAGAACAAUGCUUAAUAGUGCAAAAAUUAGAAGAUCAAAUUAAUGCAUUAAACAGUGAGAAAUGGUCUUUGAUGGAACAAAUCCGAAGACUUGAGAGUGAAAUAGACUUCCUCAAGAAUGAAAAUUUUGCUGUUCCAGUGAUUUGUGACUUAGUCCACGUGCCUCUCUCAGUUCCAGAGGACAAUGGACGUUACUUAGAUAUCAAGAGUUCAGACAAUGACAGUAAACAUGGAAAAACUGAGGAAAUAAGCCUUUCCAUAUCAGCCGAAGCAGAUUCAAAGACACCUAAAGAUGAUACACUAAAUUCUCUCCCUAGCAAAGAGAGAGAGAAAUUGCCCUCUUGUGCUCUAUCAAAUAAAGCUGCAGUACACUUUGAUAAACCUAAUAGGACGUUGUCACCAGCUUUCCAUCAAGCACUACUAUCUUUCUGUCGGAUGUCAGCAGAGAGUCGUUUGGGAUCAGAGGUGUCUCGGAUUGCAGAUAGUGAAAAAAGUGUCAUGUUAAUGCUGGGACGUUGCCUGCCACACAUUGUUCCUAAUGUGCUGCUUGCAAAACGAGAGGAAUUGAUCCCACUCAUACUGUGUACAGCCUGCCUCCAUCCUGAACCCAAAGAGAGAGAUCAGCUCCUACACAUACUGUUCAAUUUGAUCAAACGACCAGAUGAUGAGCAAAGACAGAUGAUAUUGACUGGUUGUGUGGCAUUUGCUCGACAUGUUGGACCAACACGGGUAGAAGCUGAGCUCUUACCACAGUGUUGGGAACAGAUCAAUCACAAAUACCCAGAGAGACGAUUACUAGUGGCAGAGUCCUGUGGAGCUCUAGCACCUUAUCUUCCUAAAGAGAUUCGUAGUUCAUUGGUGCUUUCUAUGCUGCAACAGAUGCUAAUGGAAGAUAAGGCAGAUCUGGUACGAGAAGCUGUGAUCAAAAGCCUGGGUAUCAUCAUGGGAUACAUAGAUGAUCCAGACAAAUACCAACAGGGUUUUGAACUGCUGCUUUCAGCUUUGGGAGAUCCCUCAGAACGAGUAGUUAGUGCAACACAUCAGGUAUUUUUACCCGCCUAUGCUGCCUGGACUACAGAACUGGGAAAUUUACAGUCGCAUCUUAUACCUACACUGCUUAAUAAGAUUGAAAAGUUACUCAGGGAAGGAGAGCAUGGGCUGGAUGAACAUAAGCUACACAUGUAUCUUUCUGCUUUGCAGUCCUUGAUUCCUUCACUUUUUUCACUGGUACUACAGAAUGCACCUUUCACAAGCAAAGCUAAGCUCCAGGGUGAAGUGCCACCAAUAGAAGUGACUAGAUUCCCUCGGCCUGUCUCACCCCUUCAGGAUGUGGCUACUAUCAUUGGAAGCCGUGAACAGCUAUCUGUGCUGCUGCAGCUUUAUGAUUACCAACUGGAACUUGAGGGUACCACAGGCUGGGAGACUUUGCUAUGGGUUGUCAAUCAACUGUUACCACAGCUUAUAGAAAUAGUUGGCAAAAUCAAUGUUGCCUCAACUGCCUGUGUCCAUGAAUUCUCCAGGUUUUUCUGGCGGCUUUGCAGGACAUUUGGGAAAAUUUUCACAAACACUAAGGUAAAACCGCAAUUCCAAGAAAUCUUAAGACUGUCUGAAGAAAACAUCGAUUCCACAGCAGGGAAUGGGGUACUAACAAAAGCCACAGUUCCCAUCUAUGCAACAGGUGUCCUUACAUGCUAUAUUCAGGAAGAAGACCGCAAACUGUUAGUUGGAUUCUUAGAAGAUGUAAUGACUAUGCUUUCACUAUCACAUGCUCCUCUUGAUAGCCUGAAGGCUUCUUUUGUGGAACUGGGUGCAAACCCAGCAUACCAUGAACUGCUGUUAACUGUACUGUGGUAUGGAGUUGUCCAUACUUCAGCUCUUGUUCGAUGCACAGCUGCUAGAAUGUUUGAGCUGUUGGUGAAGGGGGUACAUGAAACUCUGGUAGCUCAGAGAGUUGUUCCUGCUCUCAUUACUCUCUCCAGUGACCCUGAAAUCUCUGUAAGGAUAGCCACAAUUCCGGCUUUUGGUACCAUCAUGGAAACAGUUACUCAGAGAGAGCUACUGGAAAGAGUAAAAAUGCAGUUGGCAUCUUUCCUGGAAGAUCCUCAGUAUCAAGACCAACAUUCUUUACACACAGAGAUCAUAAAAACGUUUGGAAGAGUCGGACCUAAUGCUGAGCCCAGAUUUAGAGAUGAAUUUGUUAUUCCGCACUUACACAAGUUAGCCUUGGUCAACAACCAGCAGUCUGUGGAUUCAAAGAGACUGGACAUUGCAACCCAUCUGUUUGAAGCCUAUAGUGCUCUUUCCUGUUGUUUUAUUUCAGAGGAUUUAAUGGUCAAUCACUUUUUGCCUGGACUCAGGUGUUUACGAACUGACAUGGAACAUCUCUCGCCAGAGCAUGAGGUUAUUUUAAGCUCCAUGAUAAAGGAGUGUGAACAGAAAGUGGAAAACAAGACUGUCCAAGAACCACAAGGCUCAAUGUCAAUUGCUGCUAGCCUUGUGAGUGAAGAUACAAAGACCAAGUUUUUGAACAAAAUGGGCCAGCUGACUACAUCAGGUGCCAUGUUGGCCAACGUGUUUCAGAGGAAGAAGUAAAAUUUGGAAAAGAAAUUCAAAUAAACACUAAGAUGGACCUUAUGCAGACUGGUUCCUUGUACUUGAAGUACUUGCCUUUUUAUUUCCCCUGUCUGAUGUUCUUGUAGUAUAAUUUUAUUCUAACCUCCAAAGAUAUUUGCACUGCUUUUGAAUAUCGCUGUGUAUCUGUUAAUUUUUGGGUUAACUGUGGUUAAUAUAAAACUGAAUUCAUAGUCUGUACCAAGUCCCUGUUCUGUGUUCUUGUCUUUCCAGCAUUUUUUUAUAUAGUGAAAGGUAUUUUUUAUUUUAUUUUCUGACAAGAUUUCAGCAAAUAUCUGUAUUAUACACGGAGCUAUUACAAUGGUACUU